GCAGUGGCAGGGACAAGGCUUGGAUGGAGAGAAACAGGUCCCAGUAGGAACAACUCCAGGCAGCACAGAGCCAGACCAGCCCUUGGAAUUUGCCCUGGCCAGGUACACAGGGAAAGAGAGAAUGGUUUCGAGAGAAUGAAUUUUAAACUGAAACUUUCAAAAUGUUUUCUUUAUUUUUCAAGCACAUUUUAAAUGUGAUCACUUUGAGAAUAGGAGAGGUGAAAUUAACAUAGGCAACCUCUGUGACGAGUGGCAGACCUGACUGAACUGGGGCAAAGACAUUCCUGUUUACUCCCUGGGCUCCUGAGAGCUGAGGCUGACAGCAGUGGUGAAGAUGAGGCAGUAACUCAGCAGUACAAACCUAAACUGAAAAAUACAAGUUUUUAGAGAAGUUGCCCCACAUGAAGAGAAGUAGUUUUGAGGGGAUUCCUAAUAGAAUUGCACAGCAGUAACACAAGGAAAUUUCUCCCAGUUUGUCAAUGCCUUAUUUGAACAAUCACUGAUGCCCAGAGUGAGGAAAUGUCCAACAGCAGCUCUAUCAGCCACUUCCUGCUGCUGCCAUUGGCACACACGCGGCAGCUGCAGCUCCUGCACUUCUGCCUCUUCCUGGCCAUCUCCCUGGCUGCCCUCCUGGCCAACGGCCUCAUCAUCAGCGCCGUAGCCUGCGGCCACCUCCUGCACAGCCCCAUGUUCUUCUUCCUGCUCAACCUGGCCCUCAGCGACCUGGGCUCCAUCCUCACCACUGUCCCCAAAGCCAUGCACAAUUCCCUCUGGGACACCAGGAACAUCUCCUAUGAAGGAUGUGCUGCACAGCUCUUUCUGUUUGUAUUUUUCAUUUCAGCAGAGUAUUUCCUCCUGACCAUCAUGUGCUACGACCGCUACGUGUCCAUCUGCAAACCCCUGCACUACGGGACCCUCCUGGGCAGCAGAGCUUGUGCCCACAUGGCAGCAGCUGCCUGGGCCAGUGCCUUUCUCAAUGCUCUGCUGCACACAGCCAAUACAUUUUCCCUGCCCCUGUGCCAUGGCAAUGCCCUGGGCCAGUUCUUCUGUGAAAUCCCACACAUCCUCAAGCUCUCCUGCUCCAAAUCCUACCUCAGGGAAAUUGGGGCUUCCGUUUUCACUACCUGUCUAGGACUUGGCUGUUUUGUGUUCAUUGUUUUCUCCUAUGUGCAGAUCUUUGGGGCUGUACUGAGGAUCCCCUCUGAGCAGGGACGGCACAAAGCCUUUUCCACCUGCCUCCCUCACCUGGCCGUGGUCUCCCUGUUUGUCACCACUGGCAUUUUUGCCUACCUGGAGCCCCCCUCCAUCUCCUCCCCAUCCCUGGAUCUGUCAGUGUCAGUUCUUUACUCAGUGGUGACUCCAGCCCUGAACCCCCUCAUCUACAGCCUGAGGAACCAGGAGCUCAAGGCUGCAAUACGGAGACUAAUAAUCAGAUGAUUUCAGGAACAUUAAACUGCUUGCCAAAUUUUUGCAAACCAUUUGUAAUAAAAGUAAUUUUGAUGCUUCUUGUUGGUUUCAUUUUAGAAGUUCACCAUAUUUAAGUUUUUUAAUAUUGUCCCCAAAGAAAUAUCAUUGUUAUUGCCCUUUCUCAUUUUUUUGUCUUUUCACCCUUUCUGUGGCCCCAGAAUAUGUCAAUGAGGAGCUGUGCUCUCCGUGGCUUUUAAAGAAUUAAUGAAUCACAGCAGUAGACUUUUCACCAGAGAUCCGCCUUUUGUUCCCUUCUCUGGGGCUGCAGCAGCAAUGUCUGUGUGCAGAGCUGGGGCAGAUCAGUGCUGGCACAGCAGCUGUGCCCAGCAGCAGCAGCACUUGGUGUUGCCAGUGCUGCUGCCGUGGCCCUGCCCCGCUGCCCUCCUGGCCCUGCUGUUGCUGUAGGGCCUGAGUGCCCUCGGGGCCGGGCACAGGGCUGGGGGUGGCAGUGCCGGGGCUGCAGCAGGGACAGGCCAUGGGCACUGCUGGGGCAGCGCUGACGCCUCAGGCCAGGGCCUGGGGGCUGCAGGCUCCUUGCUCAGGCUCUCUCCACAACACGGC